UCAAACUGAAUUGUAUUCGCUAAUCAAUAUUAUUAUACAAGUAUGUACCGUUCUUUCUGUUCGUUAUGUUUGAAUUUGUUUCACCAUUUAAAUAUUUGUUUGCAGAGUUUUUGAAGUUGGGUAAAAGAAAAUGAUUACAAAAAGAUCUAUGUAUUUAUAAUUCAUCAUUGGUAUUUGAAUUGUACGGUUGAACUACUGAACAUAAUUUUCAAAGUUUUAAGUAAGUUCAUUUGUACUUAACAUUGUAAUAAUUCAUUGUAUUAAUAAUAAUAAUUUUUAACACAGUGUUGCUGGUGAUGACUUAUUAAGUGCCAAUAGAUAAGAGUUUGAUUAUUAAAUCAUAAUAAGUUUUUUUUUUUUUAUUAUUCACCUAACUAAGGGCAUAAGGAAAUGAAAAGUAUUUUAAAUGUAUACCUUAAUAUGAAAUUAGUCUUGAUAUACUGAGUGAUUCAUUUUUAUAGAGCAGCGGACAUAUACAAUUAUGUUAAUUUUGUUCAUUAUUAUGUAUAGUAUUUGAUAAUACGAACGUAUUGUUUCUGCUGUUUCUACAAAUAUUCAGAUAGUUAUAAAAGAAGCUGCAAAUAUAUAUAAAUUCAUAAGUUAAAAAUAAAUAAUAUCUAUAAAUCUAUAUACAUAUAAAAACGAAUCCCUUUUUUCCUUGGUCAUUGCAUCAUGUGAGAACGGCUUUGUCGAAUACAAUUUUUUGUAAAAUUGUCCUCAUUGUUCGGAAAAGGUUAAUUGAAGCUAUUGAAGUUCACCCUAUAUUGAAUGCCAUCCCCUAAAUUCAGGUUAUAAAUAAUUUUAGUUCAGAAAUUAAUUUUUUUUUUUUUUGAAUUAGAGAAAUUACGUGUCUGGUAACAUGAAUAACAAAAAUAUGAAAUCCAUGUAUUGGUGUGGGGGUAUCUAUGAAAAAAUAUAUUUAUUCAUUUCUUAGUAUAUGGUAUAUUCUAUCUGAACAUUUAUCCAGUUUUUGUUUUGUUGAGUGAGUUUUUUGAGAAGUGUUUGUUCAUUGCAAUUUGGUUGAACAAAAUGCCACCAAUUAGACAUACCAACCAGAAUUUUCAGAGGUUGCAUUUGAGAGGAAUGUGUGGUGGUGAUGAAAUAAAUGUUAAAUGAUAAUAUAUUUUUUUUUUGUAUGGUUGCUAUUGGUUUCAGAUUAAUAUAAUAGUAUAUUGGUUACUAUUUGUUAAUCGACCAUGUUUUUUGAUUUGUAUUAUUUGUUUUCAAUAAUAUAUUUAGUAAAAAUUGUAAUGAUGACUUAGAUUUGAACUUGAUACCAUUGCAUUAAUAUUAUAAACAUUGUCUUUAUAUACUCUAUAGACAAAAAUGUAAAAGGUUGAUCAAAACGUAUUUAUGGUAAUUAAUAAUGCACAAGAUUGCAAAUAAAAUCUAUAAAAUACUGUCUGCUUGAAUGUAUGGUUCUUACUAGCUGGGGAGCUGGAGAAAUGGUCUUACCAAUGAUAUCAACUAAUCUACCAUUCCAGUUUAAAUAGCUCAAAUUUCCCAUGAAACUAUGUUUUUCAAUGACCAUAAAUAAGGCACAAGGUCAAACAUUAAAUGUUGCUGGUUUAGAGUUUAGACCUAACUGUUCAAUUGUUUUCCUAUGAUCAAUUGUACAUAGCUCUAUCACAUGUCACAUGUAAAAAAAAAUUGUUGGCCCCAGAAGUUGAGACACUUAAUGUGGUGCAACCAGAAAUAUUUAAUGCUUAAGACAAACAGUAAUUUAAAAUUUAAAAAUAUAUCCCAUAACAGAAUACUUUUAGUCUGCCAAAGGUGGACUACCCACUUUACACUUAAUUGUUUUUAUUCAUAACUGAUACUGUUAAAACCAAAACGGAAUAUGGGUAAAAAGAUAAUAAAAUUUGGCAUGGGCAAGGCUGAGCAAAACAGCUGGUUUAAUUUAAAAAUUGGGUACUUAAUUAAAGUUAUAACAACAUUCACAAGUUGUAUGAAGUGUGAUAUUAAUAUUGGUUCAAAUAAUAUAAAAAUUAUCUAUUUGUGUUAUUUAAUUUAGGACUAAUUUAUUUAUUUUAUUUAUUUAGAUUAUUUUUUUAGAUUAUUUAUUUAUAUUUAUAUUAAUCCGUUAUCACUUUUUUUUCUUUUUUUUUUUUAUUACAUUCCUUUAUUACUUUUUUGUUGUACACCAAUAUGCCACAUGCAAUAAAAAACAAAAAUAAUAACAGAUCUAGGACUUAGAUAAUUUCAAAAUUUUAAACUGGUAAUUUAAAUACAUUUUAUAUAUUGUUAAUUGUUGAUUUAGUCAAUGUUUUCAUAGUAACCAAUCAUCAUAUGUUUUGGAUUCUGAGUGAAGCGAGGGAUCUAUUGGUCUUACUAUGAUAUGGUACUCUUUGAUUUUUUUAUCAGUAAACAAAUUUUCUCCUAGAAAUCUUGCUUUAAACAAAACAUGAUUAGAGACUGCUCAGUGCAGUCAAAUAAUGAAUCAUGUGGAACAGUUUUCAAUUAUUUACUCUUUGAUAACAAUUUAGGUACCUUUCAAGUUUUUAUAGUUAAUUAUAAUGCUAUUCAAAAUAUGUAAUAAUAAUAGUAAUGUAGAAUUUUAUUAAUUUGAAUUAUAAAAACUCAUAAGGCUCACUAUCUUACAAUUAUCACUGCACUUGGAGCAAGAAACUGGUAGGUGUGCCUGUGAAACAUAAAAACUUUUCUUGAAAUGUGCUCCAAUAUUCCAUAUUAUGGAACAUAAAAAAUGUGUACCCAGUGUAUCCCGUGCAGUCAUGUGGAAAACGCUAUUAGUUUUUUCUAUAUUCAUUGCAGAAGGAACACUUUUCUAUAAUAAUAGCUGUAUCACCUACAACUUCACCCAAGUGCAGUUCACAUGUCUGUACAGUCUAUUUAAUGUACCCCAUAUAUUUUGGUCCAAAUGAGUACCUACCAGGAACCACCUGUUGUGAAACAUUUUUGACAUUCUAGGGAAUUUCCCAUUUUGGUCGAUAAAUCACCAACCUUUAAACUCCUAAUUAACCUUUUCUUUCUCCCCUCCUUCACCAUUAGAAUAUAUUUCAACCUUGCUUAAGAAUUUCAUUUUAUGCUUAAAAUCACCUUCCUUAUCAAUCAUCCCCCCUUCAAGGUGCCAGUGUACUAUUUUUAUCUUAGAGAGAUUAAGCUUGAUAUCUCUUUUAACAUUUUACAAAUUGAGAAUGGAGUGAGUUUUAUCCCUCCAAUACUAUUUAUGCGUUUACUUCAUGUAGAAUCCUUACUUGUAGGCCGAGCUAUAAUAAUAGUUGAUUAGUUUUUUGGGAUAGAAUUAUGAUAAAGAUAGUAGUUCUCAUUGAGUUUUAUUUAUAUGUGCAAGAUUUGUCUGUGUAAGUUAAAAUCCCUAAAGUUAUAUAUGUUUGUAUAGAUUGUGGUAGAAUUUUAUCCCCUAUUUCAUAAGUUGGAUAUUUUUAAAAGUCUUUAUACUCAUGUUUCUUAAUUUUUAACCAAAAUGUUAAAUACUAUUUUUUAUGAAUUUUACUUCAAAAUGUGAAAUACAUGAAGAUUUAUUAAUUUUAAUCUAAUAUCAAUAUAUUGGUUAUUGACUAAAGGUUAUAAUAGAUAAAGUUUUAUCAAUAUACAUAAGGCUAUUGGACUAAAUUUUUAGGAGAUGUUUUAAAUUAAGUAAAUCAUUUAUUAUUUUUAUUAAAAAUAUUAUUUAAAAUUUAGGGAAGGAGGUGAAUCUUUUAAAACCUCCUCAGUUAUGGUCUUGAAUCUUCAUACUAAUAUUAUUAUAAUUUAUGAAGAUUUUUGUACUAUUAAUAAAAUUUUCUACAUAAAAGAAUUUUAAAUUUUAUUUUACUUAUUUUAUUUAUUACAGUUUGUUUAUUUUAGAUUUUGACUUGUUAUAAUGGAUAUCAAUCAGCUGGGCAAUGAUGCCAAAUCUACUGCAACUAAAUAUUUUACAAAUAUGCUUAAAAAACCUGGCCAGUUGGAAAAAGUAGAACAACUGAAAAAUCGUAUAUCACGUAAAAAAACUUCAACUGAGGCUAUGUUAAAAACAGCGAUGCAAAGUCAAUUAGAUGGGGUUACAACAGGAAUGGAACAACUCAGAGAUGCACUGGAUGACAUAAAUAUGGUAAAAACAAGCUUAAAGCAAACAAAACAAGCAUUUGUAAAUUUACCAAAUCUUGGACACAAAUUGCAAGAUGUUCGCACCAAGCACAUACAACAUUCUCAGUAUUUGACAGCUAAUGAAAAUAUGAAACAUUUAUUCACAGUUCCAGAAAGCAUUGAAAAAACUAAACAGUGGAUAAAUGAUGGGAGGUUUUUGCAUGCUCACCAGUGUUUAAUAGAUCUGGAAAAUUCUAGAGACGAUAUUUUGUUUGAAAUACACAAAUUGCCAAAUCAACCUCCGAGUGAUAAAAUACUACUCAAGGCAUAUUUUGAAGAUGUUGAAGUUAUGUCUAAUAUGUUAGAAAAACAAAUCAAAUUAGUUUUGAGCAGAACAUUAAAUACAGUCAGAAAAGAACCUAUGGUUAUUGUUACUGUAUUACGUAUUAUUGAACGUGAAGAGCAUGCUGACCUAUUUGCAUUGCAGAGACACAAACAUUCUGGAUUUAUGCCACCUAGUCGUCCGAAAAAGUGGAAAGAAAUGGCUUUUGAUGUUCUUCAAAAAUCUGUGGAUCAACGAAUAGAAGGAACACAGGUCAAUGAACGAUCUGACAAUAAAAUGUGGCUUGUAACAUAUCUGGAACUAUGUCGCCAAUUGAUUCUUGAAGACUUACGAGUUGUUAAAACAUUAUGCGUACCCUGUUUUCCACCUUCAUAUGAGAUAUUCAAUAAAUUUGUGUAUAUGUACCAUUCAAGUCUUUCAGCAAAUUUAGAAGAUAUUAUAUCUAACGGACUUGAAGGCAAUGAAUAUGUUACAAUAAUUUCAUGGGUAACAAACACAUAUCCAGGGAUAGAAUUAAUGAAAAAUCCUGAAUUAAAUAUAGACAUAAACAAAGUUGGUUCUUUAUUAAAACCAACUAUUAUUAAUGAUUUACAGUCGAAAUACUUGGAAUACAUUAAAGGCAAUUAUAAAGAAUGGAUGUUAAAAACAUUGUUUACUGAAAAAAAUGAUUGGUAUGAUUCCCCAGAAAUUGGACCCGAUGGUUGUUUUCAUUCAGCUGCUCCAGUAAUAAUAUUUCAAAUGAUAGAUCAAAAUUUGCAAGUUACCAAAACAAUUAAUCAAAAUUUAACACAUAAAGCAUUAUUAUUAAGUGUAGACAGUGUUACUCUUUAUGGAUUGUCAUAUAAAGAGGCAGUUAUUGAGUUUAAAAAAAAACACUUUGAAGAUAGGAGCAAAGUGCCAUUCUUUACACAUUGUAUAAUUACUGUUCUUAAUAACUGUUUGCAGUUUAUUGAGUUGGCAUUAGAAAUGAAACAACAUUAUUGGAGCAGUGAAUUUAAAGAUCAGUCAAAUACUGCAUAUGAAAAAUUAAUAAAAACUUAUCAAAAUCUCAGAGAUGAAGCAGCACAAUUUCUAUUAGAAGAAGCGUUUUUAGAUUUAGACUCUCAUUUUCAAGACUUGAUAACUUCUAAAUGGUUAACCAGUUUCAUAUCAAUUGAAACAAUUUGUGUUACUUUAGAGGAUUAUUUUCAAGAUUAUACUCAUUUGAAACCUAAGAAUUUGGAAUACAUAAUUUUGGAAGCAGAGGAUAUUAUUGUGAGAAAUUAUAUCACAGCUAUUUUACAGAAAAAACUUAAUUUUAAGACAUAUGAAGAACGUCGAUUGGCAGCUGAUAAGAUAAUUAAUGAAGUUCACCAACUAAAAUCGUUCUUUUUGCGUGUAGCUCCCUUAGUUGCACGUGAUAAAGAUUCACCAUUUAAUGCUAUUGUUAAGUUGGCUGAAGUAUUGAAAAGUGAAGAUUCUGAAAUAUUGUCAUUAGAUCUACACACACUCCUAAAUAUGUACCCAGACAUAACUGAAGACCAAAUGACUAGGCUAUUGAGUUUAAGGGGAGAUUUGAGUAAGUCAGAAAUACGAGAGAAGGUUGCUUAUGCCAUUCAAAGCAAUAAGAAUGUUACAAAUUUAACAUUGACUAAAAGCAUAUUCCAACAAAUACACCUGUAAUAUAACAACAUUAAAACCGAUCAACUAAUUUAUAGCUCAGAUAGCUUAAUUAUAAUUAAAGCUUUUCAUUGUUAUUAUAGUAUUAUUUAAUAUUUAUCAUACUUAAGUAUAUUUUACAACCAAUGUUUAUUUUUUUACUAAUGUGAUCUUUUAUAAUAUAUAUUUAAUUAUAUUAUAUUAAGUUGUAUUCCCUUUUCCAGUAGCUGUUUUAACAUUUUAGUAGUUACCGACUAUGCUUGGUUAUUAUAUUUGGUUUAUCAGCUAAAUCAUUUUUGUUAGCAAAUCAUAGUUUCCAAUUUACUAAAAAUGAUAAAGAUAGUCAAUUAAUCUAUGGCACAAUUAAGGGAGUUGUUUGUAGUAUUUUAAAGCUCCUCUUGAAUGUCUUAAAUUCUUUAAUAUUUGACAAUUACAAGCAUUUUGUAAGAUUUAUAAUAUCUAAAAUAUGUGUUUUUCAGUCAGGAAAGAAAUUCUUAUUGCAUCACUGCUAAUAAAAAAACAAUUUUCUUCUGAUAUUUUGACUUGGAUAUGCAUUAAACAUAUUUUUACAUUUUACAUUUAUCUAUAUAGUUUAACUUCUAAAUUCCACUAAAAGUAUAAUAGCUAUUUAAUUUAUUAUAACUAAGAAAGACUAAGCUAUGUAUGCUUAAAAUAAGCUAAACAAAUUGAUUUACUACCAAUUCAUAGUUCUAAUUAUUAUAACAUUUUAAAUAUUUUUUAGUUUGGGCAAUAAAGUUAAUAAUAUUAAAUAUUGAUUUUAAGCUAUUUUACUGUGUUAUUAAACCAUUAAUUUUAAGCUUAUCUUGGCAGACUAAAUUUGAUAU